GGUUGGUAAGCAGACCCCAGGCAGUGGUGACCUCACUUUCCUCACAAUAGAGCCCAACACAAUUGGAAACCCAGGUAACCAGGCACCCACACAGCAGAGACAGCCCCCUGCCCAGCUCAUUUUGUUGCGGAUCUUUGAACAAGCAACAUGUUCUUCUGUUGUGUUCCUACAUCUGGAGGCUGCAAGCUGAAGAAAUCAUGCCCUGCACAUGCUUUCCCUCACUGGGGAUGUUGUCUUAAGGCUCCCCGAUGGCUCUGGCCAUUUGGCCAAAAGAAGAGAAAGAGCACUAGUGACGAUGAAAUAGGAAGGAGGCUGGCGGACACCCGCUCCAUCUCCCUGACCAGGAGAGUGACCGUACCGGGCUCUGCAGGAGCAGGGACUGGGGACUCCGGGGGAAUGCCUCUGACACUGCCCACGUGCCUACACCACCGCGUGGUCCAGGAGCCGGAGCCCGUGGAGGCCGAGCCUGAGGCUGCUCCAUCAGAGGAGCCAGAGCCGGCCCCACCUGCAUCCACAGCUCCAGAGGCGGGGAUGUUGCCUGCAGGGACUUCAGCAGGAGACCAGGAGCCAGCAGGUGACUGGGCACCUGCCCACAGCGAGGCUGACUCUGUCCGGGAAGAGCUGGUGUCUGCCCCUGUCCCAGGGCCUGCCUUUGCUAUGGAUCCUGCCCCUGACAACACCUGUGCCUCCGCUCUCGAAUCCGCCCCUGCCUCUCCCCCUACUCCUCCUCCUGUGGAGCGCCCAGAGCCCCUUCUGGUGCCCACAGCCCUGCUCCUAGAACAGUUACCCUUUGUUCUAUCCCCCAACCCUGGCAACCUGCAGGAACGUUUUGUGCCCGACGUGUACAUUUUUCCUUUCUGCUACAUACUGAUUUUGAUUUUGUCUUUACGUGUUCUGUAUACUAUUUAUCAUUCGUUUUAAAAAUAAAAUUACUUGUUU